AUUGGCAGGCGCAAUUGAUCGAGCGCCUGGGCCUGGGGGAUUUGCUGACGCGUUACCCGGAGCAACUCUCGGGCGGCCAGCAGCAGCGGGUCGCGGUGGGGCGUGCGUUGGCUUCGCGUCCGCGGCUGUUGUUGGCCGAUGAGCCCACCGGCAACCUCGACGAAGCCACCAGCGACGAGGUGCUGCAACUGAUGCUCGACCUGUUGCGCGACAGCCCCACCAGCCUGUUGAUGGUCACCCACAGCCCACGCCUCGCUGCACGACUGGAUCGCCAGGUAGUGCUGCAUCGCGGCCAGGUC